UACGGUGGAAAUCCGAUUGAGUGCUGGCUACCAGCUGAACUAGCUUCUCAAAGAUCUUGGGAACAGUAUGCCGAGAGUUAUUGUUUUGUUGAGAAUACGUAUUAUAUUCCCAUGGAGCAGAAUAUUCCACAAAGCAAAAAACAUAGAAAUGAAAAACUAAUUACUUAUUAUCAGUGGGUGCCAUUUACGCUUAUUUUACAAGCGAUGCUAUUCGUAAUUCCUCACAUCUUUUGGAGAAUGCUUAAUUGGACAGCAAAUGUGCAGACGCGUGCAGUAAUUUCAAUGGCAAAUAGUUUAGGCGGGAUGGAUAUUUAUAGUGAAGAAGCACAAGACAUAUUGGAUACAAUUGCUAAUCACAUUUAUCGUGCUAGCAAAUCCAACACUUAUUUGCGUCGAACAUUGCAAAAUAGUAAUUUAUUCGUUACCGUCGUCAGGUUCUUUAUAAAGUCUUAUUUAAGUACGAUUUAUCUCAUUACAAAAUUAUUGUUCUCGGCAAAUGCAAUAAUUCAGUUUUUUAUAAUAUCAAUGUAUUUGGGUGGAAAUGGUUACCAUGUAACAAAAGCACUGAUACAAGAACGAUCCUGGCAACAUACAGGAGUUUUCCCUCGAGUGACCUUGUGUGAUUUUAAAAUUCGCGCAAUGGGUAACAUUCAUCAUCAUACUAUUCAAUGUGUUUUGAUGGCCAAUAUGCUCAAUGAGAAAAUCUAUAUUGGUCUUUGGUGGUGGUUACUGAUAUUAAGCACUUUAACCAUAAUAAAUUCAUUUUAUUGGUUCUAUGUGCUAAAUUCAACUGCUUCAAGUUUCGAAUUUAUGACUGGACUUAUCACGCUUGGAGUUAGUCAGCCACGAAAGGAAAUGUCACUUCGUUAUAUGCAGUUCGUGACACAUUUUAUUGGUGAUCCGACUUUUGUACUGAGAUUGGUGGCUCAGAAUUCUGGUGAAUUGGUCACAAGUCAUAUUGUCACUCGUUUAUUCGAUAUCCAUAUGAGUCAUAUUAAUGAGGAGUUAGUUUAUUGGUAUUACACGAUAGAUAGUUACUCAUUAACUAUGCUAUUUAUUUGUCUUGGAUCUUUAUUCAAACACUGAAU